UGAUUCUCCUUUGCCUGUGUCAUCACGUGUGUGUUUUGUAAAGUUCCAUGACCCCGACUCGGCAGUGGUGGCGCAGCACCUGACAAACACUGUAUUCGUUGACAGAGCCUUGAUAGUCGUACCAUAUGCAGAAGGAGUUAUUCCUGAUGAGACUAAGGCUUUGUCUCUCUUGGCACCAGCUAAUGCUGUGGCAGGUCUGCUGCCCGGAGGUGGACUCCUGCCUACUCCCAACCCACUUUCUCAGAUUGGUGCUGUUCCUUUAGCUGCUUUAGGAGCUCCUGCUCUUGAUCCUGCCCUAGCUGCUCUUGGGCUUCCUGGAGCAAACUUAAACUCUCAGUCUCUUGCAGCAGAUCAGCUACUAAAACUUAUGAGCACAGUGGAUCCAAAGUUGAACCAUGUAGCUGCAGGUCUUGUUUCCCCAAGUCUGAAAUCAGAUACCUCCAGUAAAGAAAUAGAAGAAGCUAUGAAAAGAGUACGAGAAGCACAGUCAUUAAUUUCUGCUGCUAUUGAGCCAGACAAAAAAGAUGAAAAACGAAGGCACUCAAGGUCGAGGUCACGCUCAAGGAGGAGGAGGACACCUUCUUCAUCUAGACACAGACGGUCAAGAAGCAGAUCAAGGAGAAGAUCCCACUCAAAAUCAAGAAGCAGGAGGCGGUCUAAAAGUCCAAGGCGAAGAAGAUCUCAUUCCAGAGAAAGAAGCAGGAGGUCCAGGAGCACAUCCAAAACCAGGGAUAAAAAGAAGGAAGAGAAAGAAAAGAAACGUUCUAAAACUCCCCCCAAAAGCUACAGCACAACCAGACGGUCAAGAAGCACAAGCAGAGAAAGACGACGCAGAAGAAGCAGGAGUGGAACACGGUCACCUAAAAAGCCCAGGUCUCCUAAAAGGAAAAUGUCCCGGUCCCCAUCUCCAAGAAGACAUAAAAAGGAGAAAAAGAAGGAUAAAGACAAGGAGAAAAGUAGAGACGAGAGGGAGCGGUCGACCAGCAAGAAGAAAAAGAGCAAAGACAAAGAGAAGGAUCGAGAACGGAAAUCCGAGAGCGACAAGGAUGUGAAAGUCACAAGGGAUUAUGACGAAGAGGAACAAGGCUACGACAGCGAGAAGGAGAAGAAGGAAGACAAGAAAAUGUCGGAGUCUUCCUCCCCUAAAGCAAAGGAGUCCGCUGCUGAUAAAGGAAGUGGGGAUGCAGCGAGGGAAUCCAAAGUGAACGGGGAUGAUCACCACGAGGAGGACAUGGACAUGAGUGACUGAGCUCUGCCUGUGCAGUGGCCACGGCUGCAGCCGUGCAUCUGUGUCAUUCCUGUGUGAUUCUUAUACGCUGUACUUGUUAAUCCUAAACCUCGAUGUAUACAGCUCUGAGCUACCCCUGGUUUGUAAAUCUCCUGAUACUAACUCACACAAAAGCUUGGUGGAAGGGUAACCAUCCUUGUUGUGGCUGAGGGGGCGCGGAGCCAAGCCAUUUCUACUAACUUGGUGAUGCUUCAAGCAAAAGUAAAAAGCUGCAUGCACCUACAGCAGGCAUGGACUGUUUGUUGUCUGAUCUCCUGUAGUAAAUCAGCUCUCCUCCGAUAGCGUCUCUAGAAUUUGAUUCAUUGCAGUAAUAGGGCAGUAGAGGGAAUGCACUGACUGCAUGGGGAUGGGGCAGA